ACAGGGCAAAUCCAUUACGCAUCAGUGAUCGUAGGGAAACGAAAAUCGAAAUAAUGAAAGCGUUUAUUUUGGCCAGCUUGUUAAUAGUCGCCGUUGGUGCAUCCCUGGAAAAUUUUGGAUCAACCUUUCAGUCUUUUAAGUUGAAGCAUAGUAAGAACUACAGCAACCAAGUUGAAGAAGCAAAACGGUUGGCCAUUUUCACGGAAAAUUUUCGCGAAAUUGAAGAACACAAUGCCCUCUAUGCAGCAGGACUUGUUUCUUACAACAAAUCUGUUAACCAAUUUACCGAUUUGACUAUUGACGAAUUUAAGGCCUAUCUCACUCUUCACUCAAAGCCUACGCUAAACACUGUUCCAUAUGUAAGAACGGGACUACAGGUCCCAACCACCCUGGACUGGAGGUCUCACGGUUAUGUAACUGGGGUCAAGGAUCAGGGCGACUGCGGAUCCUGCUGGGCUUUCUCCAUCGUUGGGUCCACGGAAGGUGCUUACUACAAAAGUACUGGAGAGCUGGUAAGCCUAUCAGAACAACAACUAAUAGACUGCACAACCAACAUAAAUGCUGGAUGCGAUGGUGGAUACUUAGAAGAAACGUUUCCCUACGUUCAGCAAACCGGCUUGGUGUCUGAAAGCAGUUAUCCAUACACUGAGCGUGAUGGUAACUGCAAAUUUUCCGUGUCCGACGUGGUAGCCAAAGUGAGCAAAUAUGUUUUGGUUAGUGGAGAAGCUGAUCUUUUGGAAGCCGUUGGUUCCGUAGGCCCCGUAUCUGUGGCGAUGGACGCUUCCUACAUCUAUUCCUACGCUUCAGGAGUUUACGAAACCAACCUGUGUGCAGAAUACUCUUUGAACCAUGGUGUUCUUGUUGUUGGAUAUGGAACUCAGGACGGUAAAGACUACUGGCUGAUCAAAAACUCGUGGGGAAGCACAUGGGGAGAACAAGGCUACUUGAAACUUCUGCGUGGCAAAAACGAAUGUGGUAUUGCCGAGGACGAUGUGUACCCGAUCAUAUAAGCGAAUUUAUCUCGUUACCUGCAAGUUAUUUUUAAUCUUAACAUGUUUUUUUUAUAAAUAUACGUGAUAACAUGAG